UCACGCGCCGGAAUCGUCCGCGUCGCCAAUAGACUGCGGGGUGGGGCGCACAUCAUCCCCGCCCCCACGGUUGUUGCGCAGGCUCCAGGCUGAGGGAGGAGGCGCGCGAAGCAGAAGAAGAAACUAUCACAAUUUGGAAAAUGAAGAUUGUUUUAGGAAUUCAUCCUAAUGCACUGGCAUAUUCCAUGACCACAUUAGGUGCUGGAAUGAUGAACAGUAUCUUUAAUUUCUACUAUGUUAAGCUUUUCUUAAACCAAUACAAGAUUUCAGAAAUUGCCUUUCAUCAAGCUCAGGUGGUUUUUAUGAUAUGGAAUGCCAUUAAUGACCCUCUCUUUGGGUAUAUUCAAGACAACUCCAAACUCCCAUGCUGUUCGAGACGCCAGUUUUCCAUUUUAUAUGGAGCUCCAUUGUAUGCCUUAGCCUUUUUGCUUCCAUGGUUUCCUUGGAAACAUUAUCAGGAAGGUGACUGGCUAAGUGGUCUUCACCUUAUUGUUGCUUUAUGUGCUUUUGAUGGCUUGCUUACAUUUGUUUUGCUAGCACAGUGUGCACUUUUUGCAGAGAUUUCAAGUAGACAUGAAAGUAGACUUCAGCUCAUUAAAUAUAGCCAAGUGGCAUCGUUAGUUGGAUCAACCAGCAUUCUCUUUUGUGGACUAAUAUCUGAUAACAUGGAAAAUUUUACCUACUUUCAAGGCUUUACUGUUUUAGUUGCAGUAUUAGCGACUGCAUGUAUGUGUUACACUGGCAUGUAUAGCACUAGUCAGUAUGAACAGAGAGAAUCUCUCAUGGAAGACACUAGCUUCGGAAAUGAUGAUAGAAAUCUUUCCUGGUCUUCUGUAAUUUCUUUGACCAAACAGAUCAUGACAGAGAGAAACUUUGUGCUUUUUGUGACUAUGAACUUCUUUCAAGUGUUCCACCUAGCUUUCUGCAACAAUUUCAUGAUGAUCUUUGCGGAUAAUCUCAUCCCUAAGGAUGUCCUUUCCUCCUUUAUAAGAAGCAUCAUGUAUGGGGCAGGCUUUAUUUGUCCUCAGUGUCUCGUACUUCUCAGCCAGAGUUUGUUGAAGAAGUUUGGUUAUUAUAAGAUCAUCUUGUUUUCUUUUUACUUAGAAGUAAUAACUGCAGCUGCUAUGUUUGCUGUAGGGCCUGAACACUAUUAUUUCCUGGCAUUUUAUCUCACAGCAAACAUGGUAAUUGUUCAAGCUUCAUUCAGUUUGUUUAAUCUGCCCUUGGCAGAUAUUGUUGAUGCAGACUUAAUAAAGCAUAAACGGAGAUCACCACUUUCCUCCAUGGUUUUUGGUACCAAUGCUUUAUUUACCAAGCCUGCCCAGUCUUUGGCUCCUAUGCUUGUGGUUAUGAUAUUAAAUCAAUUUGGAUAUGAGCACCUGAAUAAUAAAGUUAUUCAGCCUGAUUCAAGUUUGUUUUUAGGUCUUCAUGAAGCCAUGUUCUACUUGAUUUGUCUCAUUCCACUUGGCAUUACAGUUGUACAGAUUUUGACUUGGACUCACUUUUCCAUCCAGAACAGUCAUAUGUUGACUACACGCUGAAUUUUUACUACUUAGUCUGUAUAUUAAGGGUCUGAUUUGUCCGUUGAACUGUAGGACUACAAUUAGUGCAUUUAAAAUGCAAGUAAGCAUAAUUCUUUUUAAUGGACUAAUAGACCAAAAGCAACCUGAGCCAUUGAAUUUAAGAAUGCAUCUAUGGUGGCUGCAAAGCAUCCUGUUGAACUUCUUCAGCCUUAAUACACAAUUUAUUCAUAGUUUCUUUUUCGACUUCAGUUACCAUAUAUGCUAUUAACAUAUGGUAAUUGUAUGGUUUUUAGUGAUGCCUUGUGGACUCUGAAAAUGUCUUUAACUUACACAAGCACUAAAGAUAUAAGGUAUUUUCUGCUAUGUGUAGGUAUUACUCAUCUCUGUUAAGAAUGGAUUUGUCAGAAACCUGCCCCUUCAUCUGGCCCUCAUGGGUAGGGGCCUACUCAAAUCGUGAUUUUACAAUAUUUGUAGAAACCGCAAAAAACAGCAAUCUCCGCAAUUUCUGCAAAAAACGGCAUUGGCUGCAAUUUCCCAGGAAAUCAACCAAAAAAAAUAAAAUGCUGGCUCCCUAGUGGGAGGCAGUGGUCCUUCAUCCUGCUGUGGCCUGGUCAUGCAGCCCUCCCUGGUGGGGAAGGUGCAACACAAGGGGUAGCCAAGAUGGUGGCUGCCCCCUCGUGCCUCUCUGCCAAUCAGGAGCAAGGCCAGCAGGAAAUGACCAUGGAAUCAGCUCUCCAGGCCGCAGUCAAGCUGUGAAAAUUGCUUUCUCUUGCCAUGAGUUAGGUAGGUCCCUUUUCAUGGGAACUGCUUUCUUGCAUAUUCAGUGAAAGACUGUGGAAUGAUUUUAUUUUCCCUUACAAAAAGCUAGACCAAGUUAACCAAGAAAAGGAUGGAUUGUUGGAGCUAGAAAGAAAGAGUUUUCAAUAGUCUGCCUAACUAAUACACACAAAUACUUCCAGUUACAGUAGGAAGAGGUGGGGUAACACAUUGGCCUGUUAAAGUCAACAUAAAUUAGGAACACAUUAAAUACUGUUAAAUUAAGUUUUGAGGGCUGUGGGAGAAGUUUUGUACUUUGUUAGCUACACAAGUGUCUGUUACUUGGUGCCAUUAAACUAAAAAAGCUUUAAGGGUUUCAGUAGGUUGGAUUACUUUUUAUAAUUGUUUUAGCACUUUACACAUAAGGUCUUAUCUGCUGAUGGACUUGUGUUUGAUUUAGCUAGACAAGGCUGACACAUUUAAAACUGUAUUGAAUCAAACUACCAAUUUUAGUAGUGCUGGAUUUGUUAGAAACUUGAUUUUUCUAAUAGCCAAAGUUAGUUUUUGAUUUAGCCCUAGCGAAGCUGUUCCAGUCCUAAUCUUUUAAAUAGUCUGAAUGAUAUUUAAAAAUAAGGACACUUCAUCAUAUCAGUUUGGAAAUGCAUAGGGCUGUUGAUUCAGUCCUUCCAAUAUAACGUGCGUAAUGCUGUACAUCUUACAAAAACAAUUUUUUUACUCCUGUGUGAAACUGCUGUUUCUCUCAUAUAUUAAUGAUGGAAUACUAAAAUGAUUAUUUGAAAUGAGCUGUAUCAGUUUUCAAGUAAUGUAAUGACAUUUUGUUUUUCUCCAACACUCAGGUGUUGCUUAAGUAAACAACCAGUCUCCUAGUUUUUGCUCUGUUUUGAUUGGUUCAAGGCUUUAGCACCUAGGCUGUUUACUGGAAUUACAACUGUAUGAACUCACAAAAAAUGUAUGUAUAUUCAGAUUCAAAAAAAUUGAAACAUGUCAACUUAUUUCUAAGGCUCUAAGUUCAUCCCAAUAAAUAUUUUGGGGGAGGACAACACAAAGCUGCUGUUGGAGUUUGAGGGAAAGCAGCAAAGUUUCUCUUUAGGUAUCCUGGCCUUUACACCAGCUUCCCAUUACUAUCACUGACAUGCUGUGGGACCUUGGGAAACUAGUUUAUCUUCUUUGUGCCUUUGUUUCCCUGUUUGUAAAAUGGGAACAUUGAUACUGUCCUGUCUUUGAAUCUAGUUAAGCACAGUGUAAGAGCUAGAUGCUCUAUUUGGAGUAUAUAUGUUGACUUCAGCAAUCUUAAGAUUAAAUUAAAAUGCAAGCAAUCAAAAGCAUAACACAGUCUUAAAAUAUAGUUACAUUUAACUGCUCUUUUUUUAUAACUAGUCUUGCCAGAGAAAUACACUAAUCAUUAAUCUGCAUUGUAUACUUUAAUGUCAGUAUGUUUUCAGUGUCUUCUAUAUUUGUACAAAAAGAAUAGUGGGAUUUUCAUGUGACUGGAUUUUAAAUAUUGUUUUUUAUUACCCCCCCCCCCCC